UUCUGUAUUGUCUUUCAUUCAUUACAAACACCAAAAAUAAAGAAAAUGAAUAACGAUAGUGAUCCAUCGAAGUCACUCACCAGACCACACUUUCUGUUCGUGACAUUUGGAGCACAAGGCCACAUCAACCCAUCUCUCGAGCUCGCCAAACGCCUAGCCGUAACCAUCACCGGAGCUCGAGUCACCUUCGCCGCCCCAAUCUCCGCACACAACCGCAAUAUGCUCUCCAAAGAAAACGCCCCCGAAACCCUAAUCUUCGCCACAUACUCCGAUGGCCACGACGGCGGCUUCAAAUCCUCUACUUCCUCCGACAAAUCUCGCCAAGACGCAGCCGGACAGUACAUGUCUGAGAUGAGACAGCGUGGCAUAGAAACCCUAACCGAACUAAUCGAAGAUAACCGGCGUCAAAACCGGCCUUUCACCUGCGUGGUUUACACCAUGAUCCUCCUCACUUGGGUCGCUGAGCUGGCGCGUGAGUUCCACAUUCCUUCUGCUCUUCUCUGGAUCCAGCCAGUAACCAUAUUCUCCAUCUUCUACCACUACUUCAACGGCUACGCAGAUGCAAUCUCAGAGAUGGUUAUUAAUAACAACCCUUCCGGUUCUAUUAAAUUACCGUCUCUGCCACUGUUCCGUCUCCGUGAUCUUCCUACCAUCUUCGUCCCUACAAACGCAUAUUCGUUUCUUCUCCCGGCGUUUCGAGAGCAGAUAGAGUUACUGAAGCAAGAGGAAAACCCUAUGAUCCUUGUCAAUAGUUUCUAAGAGCUUGAACAAGAAGCUCUAAGUA